GUCACAGCAACUUUAGAGUAAUGCAAUUCUUUCUUUUUUAUCAGCCAAUAAGAGGUAAAAAAAUCUUGUAUGGUUACAGUCGGAUGAAACGGGAACUUGUUUCAGGAAAAAAGUACUUUAGAGGUAAUUAAACAAUGAGACAAAGGUAACACAAAAAGGUAGUUGGGCAAGAGAUUGUGGUUAAUAAAUGACAGGUUGCAACUGACUCCCCACCCAGAAGUGCCUGGCGUGAGUGCUGUGUGUGUGUUUGAUAGCACACAGGCGGAUAUCACUGACGUUAAAAAAAAAAAAAAAACAGGAACAGAAGACAGAGCGUCGUUUUCUCAGGUGCCGUUUUCAGCCGCCGGUUCCACUCAUGGGGAAAACCAAAGACAAGUCUGGGCCCCUGGCUCGGAGGCCGGACAACUCUGCUUUCAAGCAGCAGCGGCUCCCCGCCUGGUCUCCAAUGCUAACCGCUAACACUGUGCUGCCUUUCUUCUACCUGCUGGCAGUGGUAUGCAUGCUGCUCGGAGUGUGGCUGCUUCUCCUCGUACAGAGCACGCAGGAAAUAAAGCUGGACUACACCGAUCUGGGAAACUGUAAUGAGUGUUUCGACCUGCGUCGAAAUGUGAGCAACGCGGCGCAGGCCUGCAGCUGUCGGGUGGAGUUUUCAAUUGACAAAUCAUUGAAGGGCGAUGUCUUUUUCUACUACGGUCUCAAAAACUUCCAUCAGAACCUCCGCAGGUACAUGGACUCCAGAGAUGACGGACAGACGUUGGGCAGGAUAAAAAUUUUAAAGAACCCAAGUACUUAUUGUGCGCCGUUUGACAAAGAUAAAUACGGAGUCCCCAUCGCUCCCUGCGGAGCGGUCGCCAACAGUAUGUUCAACGACUCCUUCAGCCUGACCUAUCACCUCUCCAGCGGCCGUAGUGUUCCUGUUCCUUUGCUACGGACGGGCCUCACCUGGUACACAGACAAAAACGUCAAGUUCCGCAACCCAAGGACGGACAAUCUAACUCUUGCUGAGGUGUUUGAAGGUACGAGACCGCCUCUGUACUGGCAGACGCCUGUAUACAGCCUGGACCCACGUGACCCGAACAACAACGGUUUCAUUAAUGAGGACCUGAUCGUCUGGAUGAGAGAGGCGGCUUUCCCCAACUUCAAGAAGCUUUAUGGGAUUUUAAAUAGAGCAGACCCCAACUUUGAAAAAGGGCUUCCGAAGGGAAACUACAGCAUCGAUAUAUCCUACAACUUCCCAGUGCAGCACUUCCAGGGCAGGAAGGGAGUGGUGCUGACCACGCUGACCUGGUUCGGAGGCCAGAACCAUUUCCUGCCGAUUGCCUACCUGGUAACCAGCAGCCUGAUCCUGCUGGCGGCCGUCGUCCUCACCGUGGCCUGGUGGAAGUUCGGAAAGGAUGGGAAGAACAUGAAGGAAUGAAGCAUGGAGGCGUCAAGAUGCUGAGGACGGAAACCGAUGAAGGAAUGAGCUGAUACUCGUGAAGCUGAGAAAGUUUGCAGACCAGAAACAGGAGACACAAAGUGAAAAAAAGUCAGGGAAUUUUAACGCCAGUUUAUGGUGAAACUGUUAUAAACUAGUUGUUUUAAGAGGAAGCAGUCAUUCUGCAUUUUAAAUCUUUUUUUUCUUUUUUUUUAUUUGAAGGGUUUGUGAUGCAUACGUCACAUUAGGGCCAUGCUAUACUGGAGCACAAAGUGCCAUAACAUGGUGGUUUUCACAUCUUUUUGCUAAAGAAAGUUAAGUAAUUAAAGCACUUAUUCUGUUGUUUUUUUUAAGAGUAAUUUGAGAGAUGUGAAUUGUUUAUUUGGAAUAAAGCCAAAAGGAUUAGAGUGAAACUGAAAAUCCUAGUUUUUAGAGAUGCAAAGUAAGCAGCUCAUGACUGGUCCCAAUUUUUCAGCGGUCAGAAAUAAAAGUAAAUAUUUUUUUCUUUCAGUGAACACAUUUGAUUUUCAAACCGAUGCACUUUGAACUUUGAACCUAGUAGAAAAUUUUUUUGUUGCUGAUAUGGUGUUUAGAGUAUAAAUAUAAAAUUAAGUGAUUUUAUAAACUUGUUUGCUCUUUGUGCAGAAACUCUGGUACUGUGAAAGGUAAAACUUUUUUUUAAUUAAGACUGAUACACCAGGUGCUUUUUAAUUUGUUCCAAAGUGCAGAAAAUAAUUAAUUUUGAAAUAAUCAGAAUAAACACCAAUUCAUAUUAUAAAGUUCUACAAAGAAACUUUCUUAUGUGAACUUUUAAAAUAAACGUACUACAUUUUUUGACACCCAGAUUUUGCAGUGACUCUGCCCAGACACAGCAGAAAGUAGGAAAAAUAUUGAGUGCUGUAAUUUUUUUGUUUUUUAAGAAGCAAGGUUAAACCCUUAAAGUGGCCAACAAGAGCAUCUCUGUUUUGCAUUUCUCCGUUAAGUUUCACACCUUUGUCUAUCGAAUGAAAUACAGCAUCAUCUCAUUUAAACAUUUAUAUAUAAACCUGUUAAUUUAAUAUGAAAGCCAAGCUGUUAUUUAUAUUAGUAAAUUGCAAUGACUGAAUUUUCAGUGAAGCACUAAAGAAAUAAACAUUUCUUUAAUAAAAAAAAACCCAUCUUUAUUCCUUUCCCCCUCCCCCAAACAGAUUGAUUCCACUUAUUUUAUGCAACCAGGGAACUUUAAUCUCCAUAAAUCACUCUGUGGUUAUUGAACACAAUCAGCGCGUGACACUGGCACACCUUCCCCACAGCUGAGGCAGCUGUUCUGUGAAAAUAUGAAGCAGCUUGAUGCACGUUUGUCCACCAUCUGCCCUCCUGUCAGCCAGUGUUUUGCUCAGAUCAGUGCCUGCAGGCGUGCAGGAGAGGAAUGCAGUUUACCGGUGCGACAUUUAAACGGUUAAACACUCGGACGCCGAUGAACACAAGACGGGAACAGUCGAUCUAAACGCUUCAGGACAGAUGCAACACCGACUUAAAUACUAAAUCACACAUUACCAUUUGCAACAACAUUACACUUCUCUAAUUUAAGACUUUUUUUUUUUUUAUGGUUGUGACGAUGGCACAGAUUUGGACCACAGAAGGCAAGACUUGGUCUCCAUCAGGAAAAGUCACGGGUUAAAUACUUCAUGACAGAAGUUAUCCUAAACCUAAACUAAAAAAAAAAAAAAAA